UGAAAACUUGUAUAUCUUUGCACAUAAUGUUUUGAAACUUUAACUGCGCAUGUUUGCAGAGAUUAUUAUAAUGAAAACCGAGAAAGUUACGCAUAUCAACAUUCGAUGUGUGCUAAACUGGAAUUUAUUUUAAAUAUAAAAUUUAUAUAUAUGUCUCAAAGAUAAGAUGGUUGUGAACCAUUAAAAGUAGCCUUCUUUAAGUCGAUACUGCUUUUAUGUGAUCUUGAUGGUAUUCUGUUUAUGGCAACUAACAGGAAUUUUCUACGUUAUCUUUUGAUGUUAUUUGGUAUUAUAUGUAGUAACAUUUGUAUAUUAUGGAAGUUGCUGCUAAUGAAAGUUGCCUAAAAAACGCUAAUAUGACAUUUCAUGUUCAUAUGAUUAAUAAAAGCAAUUGUGUGUUUGCUGACCCUUCAACGGAAGUGCCAUCGUACCAUUUGAGUUCUCAAAUUACUGCGACGAUAUUUUUUGUUUUAAUAUUUCUAAUAGGCUUUCUCGGAAAUUUGCUCGUAAUCAUGGUUGUGUGUCUACAUAGGACUAUGAAAACAUCUGUGAACAUAUAUCUGAUCAACCUAUGUGUUGCUGAUAUUCUGGUACUCACUGUUUGUAUGCCUACUGUACUAGUUGACGUAUACUCGAGGGAUGUUUGGUACUUUGGGAAACUUAUGUGUUCUUUGGUACCAUUUCUGGAAAACACAGUUGUACAUGCAUCAGUGCUCACAUUGAUUGCCAUUGGUAUUGAGAGAUACAGAGUUGUUAAUCGGCCAUUGUUAGGUAUCGAAGACAAUUUACAUAAAAGCAUCAAAGUUGUUCCUUUUAUAUGGUUAAUAUGUGGCAUUUCAAAUAUUCCAUGGUUUAUUAUUGCGGAAUACAAAGAUUCCAGCCAUUUGGACGGCACUCCAAUCAAAGUAUGCAGGUUGCCAAUGAUAAAUGGUUUGCAUAAAGCAUAUGUCACUUUCGCAAGUCUUCUCUAUUUCAUGAUCCCAUUUUUCAUACUUUUGCUGCUGUACUGCCGGAUAUGUUUCAUAUUGCAUAACACUAAAGAUGAUGCCAGUCACUAUGAACUACGGAACUCUUCCCAAAGUCGUUACAGGCGUCGACUUCGUGCUCAAGUCAUAAAUAUCAUUAUUUCCUUAGUUCUUCUGUUCUUCAUAUUUCAUUUACCAUAUAGAAUUGUUAGUAUAUGGUUGAUUUACGCCGAUAAGUAUGAACUACACAAUCUUGGUAUACAUAAAUAUUUUGACAUUUUGUAUUCUGUCAGGAUUCUGUUUUACCUUAAUCAUGCGUUAAAUCCAAUACUGUAUAAUUUCGUUUCAAGUAAAUUCCGAAAUGCACUUCGAUAUUUAUUAACCAAACGGGAGUCCCGGGGAAGUUUACUCCUUUCAUCAAACAGAAGAGGUCUUUUAGACAAUCAAAUCGCACGACCAAAGCAGAGUCAGAUCAUCUUUAUGGAGAAUGAUUACGAAAAUAAAGGCCGUGCUAGUGAUUCAAUCAACUCCUCUUCUAGACAGAAAAUAAACGAAUUCUAUCCAAUGUAUGCUAACAUAAUACAUAAUCAUGAAGAUAAAAACGAAACGAGUCGCGAGGAUGGAGACGGCGAUUCCGAGAACGCUAAUCCUAUGUAAUAUAAUAUAUCCUUACACCAAGGAAAAGUAUUGUAUGUUUGUAGAUGAACUAGGACAUACCUGUUUGUCAUGAAAAGGACGUACAUGAUGUGACCAUUAGUGAAUUAUAUAAUCGUAUAAUCAACAUAAGAAGUGAUCCUUGUAAUGGGAGUAUUUGUUUUAUAACACACAAUUUUAUUAUUUCUUUAAAUCAGUCAUGACAGGUAUGGUAUUUCAAGAGAGAUAAUAUGGCGUGUUUGUCUCUAUGUUUCAAUUCUGAAUAUUGAUGAUUGAAAUGUGUGUUUGUUUCAUUUUCAUUUUGUUUGUAAAAGGCAAUGAUAGCAAAAUGUAACAGAAAAUUCUCAGUUCGAAUAAUCGGUAAAGAGUAAUGUGGAACAUGUAAAUAACUAUACUACCUGUUGAAUAAGAGUUCUUUUGUGAGUUCUAUUCAAUUCUGAGUUCUAUUUUAUUCUUGCAUAUUUUCUUUUUUGAUAGUUUAUGCGUAUAACAUAUGCUAAGCAGCUGCAUUUAUAAAAGUUAAACACGUAUUGCUUACAUUUAAAUACACGAACGUAUUGUUAAUAGCGUAGCAAUAUUUUGUGCUUUUUAAUAUUUUUGUCAAGGAUCCAACAUUUCUUACCGUUCCGGGAGAUGGUAUUGAUUUUUUGUUUGUAGAAUCUUAUUGUAAAUAUAUAACUCAAUUACUUAACAUGACGAAAUUUCUUGUUUUCAAUAUGUAUUAAAAGAUAUUUUGAUAUUGACUGACGUUCGUCUUAUUAUAUUUAAAAUAAUAUGACGUAUUGGUAUAAAUUUAAAAAGUUUUGUUUAAUAAACAGGGGUGUAUUGUUUAUCCAAUUAUUGCAUUGAUUUACAUGAGUUAAUAUAUUUGUUACAACACUGGUAAUGCAACAAUUACAUUAUCAUAAAAGUUUGAUAAAAAUUUAAAUGUUUUGUAAAUAAAUAUAUUAUAAUUACAUAAACUGGUUAUGCCUACGUCAAAUGCACUUAGGGGUUAUUUUUUAUCAAGAACAUUUGUGUUCAUGUGUUGCUCAUAAUAUUACAAUUCUAUAUUUUUCGAAGCAGUGAAGAAAAGUUCAUGAAAUAUAUACGUUUUUUUUUUGUUUGUUUGUUUUUGUAUGAAAAACAAAGAAGCGUUAAAAUUGUACAGAAGAUACACCUUCCACUUAAGUUUUUGUUUUACCCUCUACCUGCUCCGACAAAUAGUGAAUAGCCUCCUUCACCAGUAAAGAGCAAGGCUGGCCAGUACAUCCGUACAGUCUGAUCAGUCUCUUUAUCAUUUGAAGCUGCAUUGAUUUGUUUUUUUUGAUAAUGAAAUCCCUAAACUUCAAAUGAUUUGUCCAAAUUCACAGCAGAUGAAAAUAAAUGUUUGUCGAUCUAAACUGGGCUAAAGAUU